AUGGCCGAUUCAUUCAGAAACCUAUCGAGGCUGCCUACUGAUCCAGCAACUCAUGUCUCUCCCAAAAGGUCUCUCAGCACCGAUAUAUCAACUCUACAUCACGCUACCACUGUUGACUUUGAGCAACGUGCCACAUCUGCACCAACUGGUGAAGGUGAUACGGCCCCCAGUUCAGGGCCUGGGACAUGGUUCCUCGAGGAUGAUUUUGACGUUAGCGCGCUUGACUUCUCGAUAACCUCGACAAUAUCCGAAUGGGCACAGAUCCCAAAUGUGUUUCCUGCACCAAGUCUUUCUACGCAGAACCAUGAUGGUUUCACUCCUAUUCAAAGCUCUAUUCCAGAGAUCGAAGCAUCAAAUAUGGCUGGAGACUCAGUCAAGCGUAAAUGGUUCACUCAUAUGUCUCCAUCUGACGAGACCCGAUCUAACCGGGAAUUCAAAGCUACAGGGCCAAGUUGGCCAGGACAAACAAAUGCGAAUGAGUCAUAUCGAGCUGGUCUCUCACAAAAGCUUCGUCGACCUAUGGAAGAUGAGGCGUUGCCGUCUUCGGAACAGCUGAAUCUUUUCGCGAAACUAUAUUUCCAUCGAUUUCAUCCUUUGUUGCCGGUUAUACAUGCCCCUUCGUUUCGACCAACAGCAGAAAACUCUCUGCUAUUUUUGUCCAUUUGCUCCAUCGGGAGCUUGUUCGUUGGGUCUUCUCGCGCAGUGACUCAAGGUGCACGAAUAUUUGAGCGAUUGAACAAAGCCAUUUUGGCGUCAUGGGAAUCAUUCUUGUCAGAAAGCCGACCAGAUGCCCUGUCUAUGGUACAAGCUGCUAUCUUGGGCCAAACCUACGCUAUUCUGGCUGGCAAGCCUAAGUUCCUUGUUCUAGCUGAUGUUUUGCACGGAACAGUCGCCUCAUGGGCCCGUGAAGCAAAUCGACUUGGUAAUCUUUGCAGUCAGCCACAAGAUAUACGUGAAACCACAGAUAUUGAAAGAAGUUGGAAUCAAUGGAUUGAUAACGAACAACGAGCUCGAGUUCAAGCUGCAUUAAAUGUUCACGAUGCUGAGCUGGCAGCUCUAAACCACCAUCAGCCAAUACGCAGUCAUCGAUUCCGCCAGUUUCCCCGUCUAGCAUCGGACGAAUUGUUUUCUGCACCUACAGCAUCCAAAUGGGCCGAGAUUUUUCGUCAGACUCUACAAUCGCAGGCUGAGGAACAGCUCCAUCCUCAAUUACUCCGGUCUUUAGAUCCAUUCCCAGUCACAGGCCAUGAUUCAAGGUUUACCGCAUAUGGAAUCCUUGAAGGAAUCAGCGCUCGCCUCAUAGAUGCUAGACAGUCGCACGAAUUCGACCAUCUGAUCAGCCAAAAUACGUCUAAUCUUUUGAUUCAGUGGUGGGAGACAUACAAUACGACUGACCCAGAUCCGUUUUGUCUACCCGUGUUAUGGCAUUCCAUCUUCAUAUCCUUAUAUGCAGACAUGGACCUACUGGAACAAGGAAUAGGCCGAGAUGGUCGAAUCCAGGCCCUAGAAGCAUCAGCGCCAGCACGGGAAUGGGCCUGUUCCCUCAAUGCCAGCCGCUGCCUCGUGCACGCAUCGCUCAUUGCCCGAUAUCUCGAACGUAUGAGCAUAUCCGCCGAGCCAGCAAUUCAUGUUCCUCGUGCGCUAUUUUCAGCAGCAUUGAUAUAUCUGUCUGUUGCGCAGUAUGCCCCCAAACAUAUUGUACACGCGGAAGCAUUUGCCUCGCCAGAGAUGAAGCUGCUGGAUGAUGGGGCCGCGGAGGGCGCAUGCUUCCCUGGGUAUGCUCAGAGUAGAGAGAUUUCUGUUAUUGCGGAUUUGGACCAGUUGUAUGGGAUGAUUGACUUGUUACAAAGGGGUGGGCGUUGGGGUAUCUCACAGGCUUUUGCGAGUGUGCUUUCUACGGCGCUAGAUGAAACCAAAGGUGGUGCUUAG